CCGGUCAGGUGACGCGUCAUCACGGCCGCAUCGCAUAUUCGCAUUCUUCUCAGCGCUGACACGGUUCACACACCGACAUUUUACACCAGACGGAUAUUUACUCGAUACAGAUCAACGCUAUUUGUUAGAAGCACGGAGAAGAGGAGCAGAAUGGGGUCGAGAGAGGUUUUCAUAUUACUGAUGGCCGCGAUAUCGACGGUCGCUGUUGAGGUGCCGUCAGACUCUGGUACAGGACUGCUGGCAGAGCCACAGGUCGCCAUGUUCUGCGGGAAACUCAACAUGCACAUCAACAUUCAGACCGGAAAAUGGGAACCCGAUCCAUCCGGAACCAAGAGCUGCACUGGGACAAAAGAGGGAAUCCUGCAGUACUGCCAGGAGGUGUAUCCAGAGCUUCAGAUCACAAACGUUGUGGAGGCCAAUCAGCCCGUCAGUAUCUGGGACUGGUGUAAGAAGGGCCGUAAGCAGUGCCGCAGUCACAUGCACAUCGUGGUGCCGUACCGCUGCCUGGUCGGUGAGUUUGUGAGCGACGCUCUGCUGGUUCCUGAUAAGUGUAAAUUCCUGCACCAGGAGCGCAUGGACAUGUGUGAGAGUCACCUGCACUGGCACACCGUCGCCAAAGAGUCUUGCGGCGACCGCAGCAUGAAUCUCCAUGACUAUGGGAUGCUGUUGCCAUGCGGUAUUGACCGUUUCCGUGGCGUCGAGUUUGUCUGCUGCCCUGCAGAAGCGGAGAAAGACUCAGAUAGCGCAGCCGUGGAGGAGGAUGAUUCAGACGUGUGGUGGGGAGGAGCAGAGACCGACUACAGCGAGAACAGCAUGACACGAGACACAGGAUCCGAACCCACUGUGGUGGAGAACGAUGAGGAUCCAGACGACGAGGAAGAGGAGGAGGUUCUGGACGACGAUCAGGACGGAGACGGAGACGAAGAUGAGAAAGAGGUCGAGGAUGACGAGAUUGUGGACGAGCGCCAUGACAGCAGCCAGAGCACCAGUGUUGCCAUGACGACCACCACCACCACCACUGAGUCAGUAGAGGAGGUGGUGAGAGAGGUGUGUUUUGCGAGUGCAGAGACGGGCCCCUGUAGGGCCAUGUUGUCCCGCUGGUAUUAUGUGCGUGAGGAGGGCCGCUGUGCUCCCUUCAUCUACGGAGGCUGCGGAGGAAACCGCAAUAACUUUGAGUCGGAGGAGUACUGUCUGUCUGUCUGCAGCAGCGUGUUGCCGACUCCCUCCUCUAGCCCUCCGGACGCAGUGGACCGAUACCUGGAGACGCCAGCAGACGAGAACGAACACACACACUUCCUGAAGGCCAAAGAGAGCCUGGAGGCCAAACACCGCGAGCGCAUGUCUCAGGUGAUGAGGGAAUGGGAAGAGGCCGAGAGACAGGCGAAGAGCUUACCCCACAAUGACAAAAAGGCCGUGAUCCAGCACUUCCAGGAGAAGGUGGAAGCUCUGGAGCAGGAGGCGGCCAGCGAGCGGCAGCAGCUGGUGGAGACACACAUGGCUCGUGUGGAGGCGCUGCUGAACGACCGCCGGCGCCUCGCUCUGGAGAGCUACCUGUCUGCCCUGCAGGCCGAUCCGCCCCGGCCGCGGCACGUGUUUAGCCUGCUGAAGAAGUACGUUCGCGCCGAGCAGAAGGACCGACAGCACACACUCAAACACUUUGAACACGUGCGCAUGGUCGAUCCCAAGAAAGCUGCUCAGAUCCGGCCUCAGGUGCUGACCCAUUUGCAUGUGAUUGAGGAGAGGAUGAAUCAGUCUCUCGGGCUGCUGUUCAAGGUCCCGGGAGUCGCUGAAGAUAUUCAGGACCAAGUCGAGCUGUUGCAGCGCGAGCAGCAGGAAAUGUCCGCGCAGCUGGCGAACCUGCAGAGCGACGUGCGGGUGAGUUACGGUAACGAUGCCCUGAUGCCCGACAGCACCGCCAGCCUGGACCUGCUGCCUGCUGAAGACACGCAGGGAUUCGGCUUCAUCCACCCCGAGAGCUUCAACCAGCCCAACACACAGAACCAGGUUGAGCCGGUCGAUGCGCGACCCAUUCCAGACCGAGACCUGCCGACACGACCAGUGUCUGGACUGAAGCCUGACGAUGUUCCUGAGUUGGGGAUGGAAGCUGAAGAAAGACACAUUGAGGUUUACCAUCAGAAACUGGUUUUCUUCGCGGAGGACGUGAGCUCCAAUAAGGGAGCUAUUAUUGGCCUGAUGGUCGGAGGGGUUGUCAUAGCAACCAUCAUCGUCAUCACCCUGGUGAUGCUGAGGAAGAAGCAGUACACGUCCAUCCACCACGGAAUCAUUGAGGUGGACGCUGCUGUGACUCCGGAGGACCGUCACCUGUCUAAGAUGCAGCAGAACGGCUAUGAAAACCCAACAUACAAGUUCUUCGAGCAGAUUCAAAACUGAUGGUGUGAUGAUAGCUCACCUCCCCGUACCUCCUCCUUAUCUGCAGACGCUGCAGGAGACACCAGCCCAACCUCACCGCUCAUUAACAUCAUGCUUCCUAUUGGCCAGUUUACAUGUCAAUCAAAGAUCACCUCCCGUUGGCGUGACGAAGAUGAACUUUGUCAGUUUCAAACUGUUGAAGAUGCAGUUUCAAACUGAAUGCACAAAACAUUAAAUUCAGUUUGGUUCAAA